CCCUUAAGGUGAAUCAUGGCUGCCUCUUCCUUUCCAGGAGCCACAGAAAAGGAACUGAAGGUGAUUCAGCCUGAGAAGUCAGUGUCCGUUGCUGCUGGGGACGCUGCCACUCUGAACUGCACUCUGACUACCCCGCAACCUGCGGGACCCAUUAGGUGGUUUAAAGGAACAGGGCCAAAUCGGCAGUUAAUCUACAGUUUCACAGGAGAACACUUUCCUCAAGUUACAAAUGUUACAGAUGCUACUGAGAGAAACAACUUGGACUUUUCCAUCCGUAUCAGUAACGUCACCCCAGCAGACGCCGGCACCUACUACUGUGUGAAGUUCCAGACAGAUUUAUCAGAGUAUGGCAAGGAACUCCGGUCUGGAGGAGGAACAGAGCUCUAUGUACUUGCCAAACCUUCCCCACCAGUGGUGUCCAGCCCUGAAGCCAGGGCCACAUCCGGGCAGACAGUGAACUUCAUCUGCAAGUCUCUUGGCUUCUCUCCCCGGAAUAUCAGCCUCAAGUGGUUCAAAAAUGGGAAUCAACUUCCCCAAUCGGAGACCACUGUGACCCCUGAGGGAGAGAAUGCCUCCUACACCAUCUUCAGCACAGCCAAGGUGGCACUGACGUCCAAGGAUGUUCGUUCUCAGGUCAUCUGCGAGGUAUCCCACACCACCUUGCAAGGAGGCUCUCUUCGUGGGACUGCUAACUUGUCUGACAUCAUCCGAGUUUCACCUACCUUGGAGGUCCAAGGGUCCGCGGUGGCAGGGAACCAGGUGAACGUCACCUGCCAAGUGCAGACGUUCUACCCCAAGAACCUCCAGCUGACCUGGCUAGAGAAUGGAAACGCAUCACGGACGGACACGCCCCAGGACUUCCAAGAGAACAAGGAUGGGACCUAUAACUUGACCAGCUGGCACCUGGUGAACACAUCUGCUCAUAGGGAGGACGUGCUGCUCACUUGCCAGGUGGAGCACGACAGCCAGCCAGCCCUCACCAAAAACCAUACCGUGCAGGUCUCUGCCCACCCGAAGGAGCAAGGAGGCACGGAUACCACCUCUGGUGACAAUGAUUCUUCCAGCCGGAACAUCUUCAUCGGUGUGGGCGUGGUGUGCGCUUUGCUGGUGGUCCUGCUGAUGGCAGCCCUCUACCUCCUCCGGAUCAAACAGAAGAAAGCCAAGGGCUCAACUUCUUCCACAAGGUUGCACGAGCCUGAGAAGAAUGCCAGGGAAAUAACUCAGGUACAGGCUUUGAUCCAGGACACCAAUGACAUCACCUAUGCAGACCUGAAUCUGCCCAAAGAAAAGAAGCCUGCCCCCCGGGUUCCUGAGUCCAACAAUCACACAGAGUAUGCAAGCAUUGAAACAGGCACAGGGCCUAGGCCAGAAGAUACCCUCACUUAUGCUGACCUGGACAUGGUCCAUCUUAGCCGGGCACAGCCGGCCCCAAAGCCUGAGCCAUCCUUCUCAGAGUAUGCCAGCGUCCAGGUCCAGAGGAAGUGAAUGGGACUGUGGUCGGCUCUAGGGCCCAUUUCCACAAGUUUUCUUGUCUCACGUGGAGUGGCUAGGAUGAGGACAACCAGCCAACCAGUCCUGUCCCCGGAAGGCCAGGUGGCACGGGUCUUAGGACCAGGCAUAAAGGUGGCCUUUGCCUUCCCU